GAUAGAGUAGCUAGUUGUAGCAAUGAAUUUUUUGUUUAAUAUUAAUGUGUGUCGUGUUUGUAUGCAAAAUGAGCAAUCUUCGGAUUUAUGCAGCGAUAAAGAUUUGUUGGAAAAGUUUAUAUUUACAACCAGACUAACGGUAUCGCAGGAGGAUAAUCUACCAAAAGAAAUAUGUUCCAAAUGCAUUAUUCGCCUCAAGGUGGCGCACUCUUUUAUACUAACUGCUCACGAAUCCGAGAAAAAUCUAAAGGCGUUCCUGACGAAAAUCAGUGAUGAGUUUCGAGAAGUGACCCAAAACAAUAAAAGUGGCAAAACUACAAGUAAUUUCCACUGUGCUUUGAAUUCUCAGCAGAAUCUCACCGAAGAUGAAAUGCUAACACUAAUUGGGGAAUCUGAAACGCCAGUUAAGAGUACUUCACCUAAAAGUAAGCAUAGCAAAAAUGAGGAUAGGCGCUGUGAAAAACGAAAACUGUCACCACUCAAAGGACCUUUAAGCAAAGUAUCGAAAGAGGACAGUGGCGGUACCACUUCAAGUGGAGAUUUGGUUUUAAGGCCAAGAGUGACAAUCAAGCAACCAACUGCCAGCACGAGUGAAAACAAAAGUCGUAAAACUGUGUCCUUACAUUCCACCUAUGUGCGUGAUGAGGAGAUUUUGUUCAUUCAUUCGCCACUUAAUGAAAUUAAAUUUGAAAAUGAUGAUGAAUUAGCAGCAUUGUGCCAAGAAGAAGAUGAACCGAACUCCAAGGAAGAACAAAGUUUGGAAAGUGUAACGUCGAAUGGUGAAAGACUGCGGCCACAACCAAUGGAAGAGGUAGAAAAUGACAAUGAUGCUGAAGAAGAUGUUGAGCAUUACCAGGAAGAACACGUUAAUGAGGAAGAGGAAGACGAAGAAGACGAUUUGGAUGAUAAAAAGACCGUGAAAGAUGAAACGGAGAGUAGUAUUUUCAAGAACAACAACACCCAAGAUUUUGGCAUCAAUAAUGAAUUGUCCCAAUCAUCUUCGGCUGAAUUGAAUGACCUCAAUUUGGAAUCCAAUGACACUCUGCAUACAUCGCCGCUUGCAGGUGUUGGCGAUGAGAGCAUUGGUAUUAUGGUGUCAGAAGAGGCAGAUGGUUAUUUGCGUGAAUACGAAACAAUGCUUAACAAUCAGUACAACACCGCUGAAUACAUUGACGAUGACUCAGUCGAGGAAAAUCCCUUAAGAAAUGAUGAAGCCGAUAUGUAUAAUCGAAACGAGUUCGAACACAAUGAUGAGAUAUCUUUAGCUCAAGACAACGAAGUUGAAGAAGAAGGCGAAGAUGAAAACGAAGACCAAGAUGAAGAAAAUGCCACAGCCAAAAAUCCUAAUUCCUUAGAUAUAAAUGCAAAAUCCAUUGCCAAGGUACAACCAAAUAAAGCUAAUAACAAAUCACCCAUUCGCCUUAGGGAUCUACAGCCGAAACUUACACGUUUCUAUUGCAAGAAGUGUAAUCGUGACUUCAGCACCAAGACCAACUUGAAUCGUCACAUGCAAUCGCAUGAGGGCAAAAAACCCUAUGUAUGUACCGAAUGUUCGAAAAGUUUUUCACAAAAGGCCACACUUAAACAGCAUAUGUACACUCAUACCGGAGAAAAACCCUAUGUGUGCGAUAUUUGUACUCGCGGUUUUACCCAAUGUAAAAGUCUUAUAUUUCACAUGCGGAGACAUACCGGGGAGAAACCGUUUCAAUGCGAAUACUGUUUGAUAUUGUUCCGGCAAAAGGAUGCUCUGAGGAUCCAUAUCCUGAAGUAUCACGUGGUCGUCGAAAAAACCUCAACUGGAAAAGAAAUCUUCACUUGCAUUAUAUGCCAAAAGAAAUUUUGUUCUAAAAACAAAUUCAAAAUACAUAUGAAAAUUCACACGACCACAACGGAGCAACAAACGGAAAAUCAAUUUGACAUACACCAGCCUAUAUUUCAAAAUAGUAAAGCAGCAACUUCUACUGCUUCCAGCCAAAGAUCAUUCCCACACGGAGAGACAUUGGAUACAGCUGUAAUGAAGGUAUCGGCAUCGUCGGCAUCAGAGCCCCAAAGAGCAAAGAAAUUUCAGUGUCGCAAAUGUUUUAAAUGUUUCGCUUUAAAAAAAAGUCUUGUACGUCAUAUGUCAAUUCAUUACACUAACACCGAAGAGGAGAUGACUGAAUGUUCCGAUUGUGAUAUGCAAUUCGCAAAUUCUGCGGAAUAUCAGGAUCAUUUGACCCAGUGCCAUCAGUUUGCUUGUUCAGCCUGUCCCGAAAUGAUUUUUAAGACAAUAGAAUAUCUAAAACUCCACAUGUUGGAACAUGACUUGAAUCAUUUGCUUGGCAGUGCAGCAGACUAUGCCAUAAUUGGUGACGAUCAGACCUUCUUUCAAGCCUGCGAUGCUCAUGAUGAUGGUGGUACAACAAAUUUAAAGGAGCUGGUCGAGUUUAAUAUGAUCAAUGAGUAUGCGGAUGACAUGGAGACGAUUAUAACCAAUGGCAAUGUAACCAUCUUAGUUGAUAUUGAUCCUCAGGUUCCUAUAUCCCAUGUUUAUCAAUUCAAAGAUAUCAAAAAUCGCAUGGAUUUUUUCAACGUUUCUAUGAGCCAUGACUAUUCGGGCAAAUAUAAGGCUAUAAUUUAUUUUAUAGUCGACCAAUAUUCCUUGUGCCUUUCCUAUUCGCGUGAGACCACCUUCUUAAAUCCACCUUGCCAUCAAAUCUUGCCGGCUGUUAACAGCUUUUCGCGUGAUACCACCUUUUUAAAUCAGACUUGGUUCUCACGCACUAUUCCACUUUCUUCUGCUGGCAAAUAUAGUACGCGAACGAUAUACACAGUGGUCGUUGCUUCUAGGGGAAUUGUUUUUAACAAAAUGUCUUUGGAAUUAUGCCGAAUAUGCGGCAAUAAUCAAAAUCUAAUAAAUAUUUUUAGUGGGGGUCUGGAAAUGCGAGAUAAACUACUCAAAUGUGCAAAUAUCGAGAUAAAGCACAAUGAUGUCUUGCCCAAAGUUAUUUGUGGUCAAUGUGAUGCCAGACUGGACAUGUCCUAUACGCUGCGCAAGCAAAGCGAGGAAAUGCAAAAGCAUCUUGAAAGCGAAAUGAAAAAGAGGCGUUCUCAAAACUCUGAAGAAGGCCAGCCGAUGGUUCAAGAACUGAAAGAAGAGGCCGAGGUACAUUAUAUAUCCGACGAAGAGCCUAUCAAGGAGGAAUGUGCAAUCCAGAAUAACAAACACUAUACUAAUGCCAGCAAUGUUGAUAAUUUCCUACAAAGUGAAGAGAUUGUGGUGACAGUCGAACCCGACAAUUUGGACACUCAUAGUGAGUCGACGCUGAUGGCAUCGGAGACCGAAGCAAUUGAUAAUUUAGAAAUAAACUACGACUAUCAUAUACCGGUGACUGCAAUGGCAGAAAGGGGUGGUGUGCCCUCUAAUUUGGUAGAUGACAUCGACUCAAGCGAAAGUUUUAGUGCGGCUGCAGAUACUGACAGCAUGAGGCUACUCCAAACACACGCAGCAAUGGCCUUCAAUGAAUAUGAAAGCGGGGCGGUUGAUGUGGAUGGCUACAACAAUGGUGAAGGCGUGCCCUCCGAUUCUAGUUCCAAUUUGCUGCAACCUCAAGAUUUUUUAAGCAUAGAUGUAAGGUCUAAUUCAGAGUCACCUGCACCAUUAGAGCUUGACCAAAAUGACACGGAAUAUUUUCCCAAUACUACAAAGACGUAUAAAUGUGCCACUUGUUCUGAAUGCUUUCCGAGAAAAAAAGACUACCAGCUGCAUAUUGUGCAGCAUGGGCUGACACGUUUCCAAUGUUUGCAGUGUUUAGAAAGGUUUCCCUCACGCUAUCGUUUGUUGCAACAUGAAAAAGAGCAUCCCAAUGGCCAAGGGUUUCAGUGUAAAAUAUGCAAUCGUCAAUAUGAAAAGGCCCACUAUUUGCGCAAGCAUAUGGAAAAUUGCGACGCUGACCAGUCCAGGCUUCAAUGCAACAUUUGCAAUAUGACCUUUAGCAGAGCGGAUGCAGUGAAACGACACCAAAGGACGGUGCAUCCCACGGGAGAACAGGCCCCUAAUUCACUAAAUAAAAAAUGGCAUUGCAAGUUAUGUGGCAAAAGUUUUCGUUCUCAAGUUGUUUUUGAGACUCACAAGAUACAACAGUCAUGCACUCGGCCAGGUCGGGGAGAACUUGCAAAUAUUUCGGUGCCGCCAGACCUAAUAAUGCUGUGUCCGGAUCAAAGAUACAAGUGUGCAGUUUGUAAUAGGAAAUUUAAAAACAUCUCCAUAUUGAGAACUCAUUUUCUAAUACACAAAGACAUCAAGCCUUUUCCCUGCACAAAGUGUCCCAAGAGAUUCCGCACCCGCUAUGCUGUGAUAAAUCAUGAACGCAUACACAACGGCGAAAGACCGUAUGUUUGUGAGGUUUGUAACCAGGGAUUCCGUCAAAUUACCCAUAUGAAACAUCAUUUAAUGACCAAACACAAUCUGGACAAGCCGGUGAAAUGUCCCGAGUGCAAAGAGGGCUUUAUAACCAAGUGGAAGCUAAGAGAACACUUGCGCAAAGAACACUAUACGAUAAAGGCUUUCAAAUGUGCUGAAUGCCCCGAGGAAUUUUUCCUAAAAUACGAUUUAAAGCGACAUGCCAGAGUAGUGCACUUAAGAUCGGUGGACAUUGUGGAUUCGGAUAAUGAGGGUGUCAAAAGUACUACACUGAUGGCAGCAGAGGGUACCACGGAUUCAGAUGGUGGGGAAAAUAAUGCAGAUGCAACGUUGGGGGAAGAACAUUACAAUGAUAUCGCAACACUUUACCAGACUGAAGAGCAGGUGAUAAACGCAGCACAAGCCGAGGAGAUUAUUGCUAUCGAUGAGGAUACAAAUAAUGAAAUGGUGCCUAAUGGAAAUGAUACGCAUGUCCAUAAUGAUGAUGAUGAUGAUGAUAUUCAGAUUGUUGAAGAUACUGCUCUACAGUUGGACCCUAACAAUCUAGAGCUAGACAUGGACGAUGCUUCACCCACUAAUGUAUAUUUCUUGAAUGAUCUCGACUCACCUCCUCCUUCACCACCCACCAGCCAACCUGCUACAGUAGCCCCCACAGAAUCUGGUGUAACUCAUACCAUCAGCACUGAAGACAUAAUGGAUUGCAUACAAUUGGAUGAUUCUUCGGACUCUUGUAAAUUGCCGACUAGGCAAGAAAAUGCAAAUGAUAGUUAUUUCGAACAAGAGGAUGAAAUCCAUAUAACAGAGGAACGAAUUGAAACGUACACAACUAGUAGUUCGAGUUUUUACAACAUCAAUAAUAUACGUUCAUAGAAAGGUACACAUUCAUUGUGCUAAACAUAUUCAGGUAUGUUUUCGAAAAUAACCAACAAGUUCCUCACAAAUGCAUAGACUUUUUCCAUAUGAAUCUACUCCACCUGAUUUAAGUUCUAGGUCUUGUUAUAAGGGAUCUUCUUUUUGUUGAUCAAGCGAGAACUCUGUGUGGGAAAGUUACACAAGGUCAAAGGCCUCAUGAUAUCGUCAGCACUAGUAAAGGUUUAUCCAUGAACACCUUACUGACAAAGAAAGGAAAUAUUUUUCCUCUAUUUGAAAUAAGCUCAACGACAAGCUGAGAUUAGCUUGUGACCAAAUUUUGCCAAAAUUUUCUACAAAAAUAAAAAUUUGCCUAGAUACAUCAUGGCUUCAUCUUGUCACUGCUGAAUUCAAUGACGUAUCUGUCGAAUCGCAAAGCCUGGGCCUCUGUGCUUUGCAUCAAGUUUCCUAGAUAUCCCAGUGCUCGGCAUUGCACUCUCAAUCAAAACUAGAUCACCUUCGUUGUACUGGAAAGGUGGUUUAUAUUUCACGUCAAACCUGGCCUUCCACACCUCUCUCGCUGCUGAGCUAUUAUUCAUGGCAUUCUCUCGGUGUUCGCUUGGAGUCGUCAUUUCGUUGUCAUCGGCAACCGCAGACAAAUGUUUGUUACCACUGAUGUCUCGUAGUUAAAAAUCAAAAAUAAGAUCAAUAAGUGAAUACUUAUACGACCUAGCA